AUGAGUUUUCGAGUGUUGGAAACACAGCAGCUUGAAGUAGGAUUUUACAAGACUACAUGCUUUAGUGCUGAAUCUAUUGUUAGACAGGAGGUCGAAAAGGCCUUCUUUUUAAACAGGGGUAUUGCCGCUGGUCUCAUCAGACUGCAUUUCCAUGAUUGCUUUGUCAGGGGUUGUGAUGGAUCAAUCCUUAUAGAUUCUACGGCAAGUAAUGUGGCGGAGAAGGAUAGUCCAGCCAAUGGCAUCUCUCUUCGAGGCCUUGAAGUCAUCGACAGGGCCAAGGCCAGACUUGAAGCUACAUGUAAAGGCGUAGUGUCUUGUGCUGAUAUCCUUGCAUUUGCUGCAAGAGAUGCUACUGAACUUACUAGAGGAAUGGGAUGGUCUGUACCAGCAGGGAGGCGAGAUGGCAGAGUUUCUCUUGCUGCCGAGACAGUUGACUUACCUCCACCAACAUUUAACGUAGAUCAAGCUACUCAAUUAUUCAUGAGGAAGGGACUAUCACAGGAAGAAAUGAUCAUACUACUAGGAGCACAUUCAGUUGGACGCUCACAUUGCACAUCAUUCAGUGACAGGUUAUACAAUUUCAGCCAAACAUCAAGUCAAGAUCCUAGCCUAGAUCCCCGUUUUGCAAGGUUUCUUAAGGCACUGUGUCCUCAAGACAGACAGGGAAACAUUAAUCCAAAUUUGGUGGUUCCGAUGAACGGAAGCCCAAAUCUUCAAGACAACAGCUACUAUGCAGAUAUACUAAAGCAUCGUGUGGUUUUCACCUCAGAUGAAACUCUCAAUAGCAACUCAGAAACUCUGUCAUUAGUGAAUGAGUAUGCAUCAAACAAUACGGAUUGGCUAGUUAAUUUUGCACAAGCAAUGGUGAAACUGAGUAUGAUAGGGGUUCUUACUGGUACCGCAGGUGAGAUAAGAUCAAACUGUAGGGUAACUAAUUCAUAGGAAAAAAUCCCUUAAUAUGUAAUAAGUGUACGACUCUUAUUAAUAAAGUC